AGUUGUGUUUACUCCGCCAGUCCUCUCUGCUUUGCAUGAGGGAGCCAGCUGGGCUGUUCCGUGAACGCACCUCCUUCUUCCUGAGUGGCUUUCCUACUUUCUGUGUCGCGCACAGAAAACGAGCGACUGCUGCGUGAGGGGUCAGUCAGUCUCAGUCCUCGGGUCAGGACCCUCACACUGCUCACACAGGACAGUCUGAAGGCGGAGAGGAUUUACAGCAGGUGUGAAGACCAGAUCAGACCUCGUCUCGUCUGUGAAAGUGGACUGUAGAGUGGGACAAAUACCAGCACCGUUUCCCACGGACUAAUCUUCCCAAGAGGGCGGGGAUUGGGAUUGUUUUUUGAAGGGGUACCACUCAUUCACACACACACACACACACACACCUCCUCCUCCUCCUCCUCCUCGGCAGCAUCCUAAGCAAGUCUUCUAGUCGUUUCCACUUUAAACUAGCAACAGGUUGAGUCGCAGCCGCAGCGUGAAGGCGAGUGGAGCCUACCAUGCCGAGCAAAAGCCAGUAUCUGCGCCCCCGGCUCUGUACGCUGGAGAAGGGCGACAACGGCUACGGCUUCCACCUCCACGGGGAGAAAGGUAAGACGGGGCAGUUCAUCCGGUUAGUGGAGCCCGACAGCCCGGCUGAAACGUCGGGCCUCCGCGCCGGAGACCGUCUGGUGUUCGUUAACGGGGAGGACGUGGAGAACGAGAGCCACCAGCAGGUCGUGACCCGGAUACGAGCCACCGUCGGCCGGCUGGAGCUCGUAGUAGUGGACCCGGACACGGAGCAGCUGUUGAAGAAACACAACUUGAAGUGUCUGCAGCAGUAUGUGACCGACGGUGUCCCGUUACCCUUUGACGAGGAGGAGGAGGAGGAAGAGGAGGAGAAGAAAGAGGAGGUGGUGAUGGUGAAGGAGGAUGUGGAGGUAGACGGGAAGGAAAACGGGGAUGAGCGGCACACCACAGCGGAUCAGGUGGUCGAGGAGGUGGAGGAGAGGGAGGAGGAGGAGGAGGAGGUGAGGGACGAGGAUGAGGAGCAGCAGCGGGGGACACCCAGAGAGUCCACACCGGUGCCGGAGGUUAACGGAGGAAUCCACGGGCACAUCGAGAAAAAGCUGAGCAUCAACUCUGAGAAGGAGGUGUGCACUGAACUGCGGCCACGUCUCUGUGUGAUCCAGCGAGGGUCCAACGGAUAUGGCUUCAACCUGCACAGCGAGCGGGCGCGGCCGGGCCAGUACAUCAGGGCUGUGGAUGAGGACUCUCCAGCAGAGAGGGCAGGCCUGCAACCCAAGGACAGGAUAGUGCAGGUGAAUGGUGUGUCAGUGGAAGGGAAGACACAUUCAGAGGUAGUGGCUGCCAUCAAAGUCGGCGGGAGCGUGACCCGUCUGCUGGUGGUGGAUCCCGACGCUGACGCCUUCUUCAGGAGGUGCCGAGUGGUCCCGUCCUCGGACCACCUCACUGGUCCACUGCCUGAGCCUGUCAUUAAUGGAGGGAUGGAGGAGAAGGUGAAUGGUAGAGGGGCUAAAGAGGCUGAGAGAGACUCAAAACUUUCAGUCAGUCCUUCUCCAUCCAAUGCCUCGUCCAAUGCCUCGCUCACAACCCCGCCCACAAACACCCCACCUGAGGGUUUGAUCACGGACACCAUCCCAGCACUCAGCCUGUCCCUGCAGCAGGUCAAAGAGCUCGCUCACCAGAAACGCUCCAACAAGAGAGCCCCGCCCAUGGACUGGACCAAGAAAAACGAACUCUUUAGCAACCUAUAGGGCACCUCAGCUCACCUCACACACACACACACGCAAGCACACACACACACACACACACACACACACACACACACAGACGCACACACACAAACACACACACUCAUAUUUACACACCCAAGAGACAUCAGAAAGACUUUUCUUUAUUGUUAUGACACUAAAAGAGCAGUUCAACUAUUGGCCGUAGACAAAUCCAAGCUGUUCUGUAAAAUAUAGUAUUCUUAUUGUUUCUUUCCAUCUUAUAAUAAUCCAGAUAUUUUACUAUAUAUGUAUAAUGUGCUACUAACAAGAAGGUUGCAUACCAGUAUGUUAAUGAAAGAGAACUGGAACAUGUGUUGAAAAUGUGUGUUUGUGAGUGUGUGUGUAUGUGUGGACCCUGGUGCCUGUGGAAAUGACUUUUAAUGUCCCGCUCCUCCACCUGCUUGUCUGUCUUUUAAGGGUUUAUACUAACAUCUGAAACAUUAAAAUGUCUCCUGUUAGAGAGACAAUGGGACCAGUCACGUUAAACCAGCCUGACAAUCAGUUUGUCUCUAAGUUAGCUUGUAGGGAUCAGACAUCUGACACGGAGUUCAUUUGACUUUCAGGUCGUUUAUUUCAUGAAUGUCUUUAUUUGUGUAGGUUACAGAUGGCACAUCAGAGCUCUCUCUUUGUGAUGUUAAAAUAUGAUCCCAAAAUGAGGCACCGCUUCCCUCAUAUAAUUUUCUGGAAAUACUGGAAAGAACUGUUUAAAAGUUGGUUCUCUUAUAAUAUAUAUAUAUACAUGAUAUAUAUAGAUAGAUAUAUUUACAUUUUUGACAUAAAUGCUAUUCACAAAUUUAUGAAAUUCAUAACUUUAUGAAAGGAAAAUGACAUCAGUUUAAUCAUGUGUAUCCACAUUUUGCCUGAAUAUGUUAUCACCUUUUAUUAAAUGUGAACUACAGUUUAUCAUGAGUAACUUAUACCGUCCUUACUUUGCCAUCAUGUCCACUGCGAAUGGCUCUUCACUUCACACUUUGAGCGUAUGGGAUCAUUUUUAUUGCUCUGUGAGAUUUUUACACAUUUCUUUCAUUGUUUUUACAAACAAUAAUUAUGUAACUUUGAGACGAUGUAUUUCUAAAAGAAUGCCUGCGCUUCACUAGAUUUCAUGCAAUCGCCCAGUAUUGAGAAUUAUUUUGAGAUUAUUUUCCAAAAUGAAUGAUUGAAUUAUAUAAAGAGUUUUUGUGGCUUGUGUAAGCGGUAAGCGAUUUCUAUACUGUAACAAAUCAGUCAUCACAACAACGUUAUCCACUGAUGUUGAUUUUUAUUUAGUAAUGUGUGAAGAAAUAAAAAUCUCCAGUGUG